AUGGAACAAUACAUGAGAAAUGUCAUGCUACUUUGGGGCUUUCGAAAGUGUGCGUUACGUUCCUUGAAGACCCAACUGACAUAUUCUACAGUAUCGCAUAUUGUUCUUGAACUUCGAAUCAUCAGAGUGAUAAACUUAUCCUGUGCAAAAAUGUGGUAUAUAAUCAUUGCAUUGCUUAUCCCAUUGCAUUUUCACCAAUCUUCUGGUUAUGUCAUCGAAGGAACGGUUGUUGUCCCAGCAGAAGCUCCAUCGGAUUGGCAUAUAAAUACAAGAAUUAAUGUCGCCGGGGAUCAGUAUGUUGGUUUUGUCAGGUCGGACGGGAGUUUCGAAGUGACAAAUAUUCCUUCUGGUUCAUAUAUCAUUGAAGCGAUAAAUCCAGUCUAUUAUUUCCAGGGUGUCCGUGUUGAUAUCAGUUCUAAAGGUCGUAUUAGAGCACGCCAGUUGAAUGCUCCACAACCGAAUGCUGUCAAAGAGAUCCCCUAUCCACUGCAUCUUACUAGCUCUGGGAAAGCUAUCUAUUUUAAGGCUCGUGAGCAGUUGCGCACUUUGGAUCUCUUAUUGAAUCCAAAUGUUCUCUACGUAGUAGUCCCAUUGUUAUUAGUCAUGGUACUCACAAAAUUAGUCAACACUAGUGAUCCGGAGUUACAAAAAGAAAUGCAGCAGAUGAAUAUAUUAAAUCCUCAACAGCAGAUACCUGAUAUGAGUGAGUUUCUCUCCUCCCUAUCGUUAUUCGGUGGUAGUGGGAUCGGUGCAAGCAACAAUAAGAAGUCAUCGACGAGUAAACGUAAAUCUGGUGAAAAAUCACGUCAAAAUAACGGUGGUAGUAGUUGUGCCAGUAGUAAUGGUAGUAAUGCGGCGAAUUCAGAAGGAUCAAGUCACUACCACUACAGCAGUGGGACUAAUACUGCUAUCAGUAGCGCUUCAAGUUCUUCUGGUGGAACAGCAACGGUGACAUCUAGACGAACAACGACAAAAACGUAG